AUGACUGUUGGACUUCGCCUCUUACAAAUGGUAUGCGCAGCCAAACAACUUGGCAUCUAUUCCGAUCUUUUAGUCUCUUACGUUCGCACCGUCUUACAUCCCAUGUGGUCAUAUGCUAGACAGAUAAUUGACGAAAUCAUUGUGCGUAAAACUGCCUGUAAGAUUACAGAAAUCCGGAAUAAUACUUCGCGGGGCUGCCAAAAAUCCACAAGGCAGGCCAAUAGUGACUCGCCACCACAUGAACUGCCUAGAUUCUCAGCCGGUAUACUAAUACCGCUCACGGGGAAAUCAAUCACCUUCAUUAGGAAUCCGUACGACUUUGCCAGCUAG